CAGGAAAAUUAAUUACUGGACGAUUUUCACUUCCUCUUGCAGCGCCCGCCUGAGCUAGGCACCGGAACAGGACCAACUGAGCAAGGCCAGGCAUCGGCGUGGGGGACUUGCUCCCCCCACCAGUUCUGGAAGAAGAAAGUUGAACCCCAAACCCAAUAGGGGGCUCCAGUGGGAGCCCGAGCAGGGGGGAGGGGAGACUUACUCUAGUGAAAGCUGAGUGUCCACCCUGGCCACUUCAGAACUGGGGGGGAGGGAGAGGACUGGAGGCGGGAGGGUGGCUGCUGGCCAGUGCGCACUCUUUUCUUUGCAUCCCCUUCCCUGUGGCCCCAUGUGCCUGAACCCCGCCUGCUCGGGACCGCUUUCCCUCCGUUCCCCUCGGCUUCCCCCUCUCUUUUGCACUUUUCUUUCCCUUUCUUUGCAUCCCUGGGGGGGCUUCCUUUUUGUGUGCCUGGAUUUCUCUUUUCCUCCUGUGGGUGUGUGUGUGUGUUGCUACUUCUCUCCAUCUCUGUCUUUCUUCUCUCUGUGUUUCUCUCUUGUGUCUUUUUGUCCUUAUCUUGGUCUCUCUGCUUCUAUUUCUACCUCUUUCAGCGUGUGCGUCUCUCUUUCCCUGUAUGUCUCUUUCUGUCUUUCUCCGAGUCUCUCUUCUUCUCCCCGCCCCCCUCACUCCCCUUUCUCCGUCUCUCUCUGUCUCUGCGCCUUUCUCGCCCUCACUUUCUCCCCUCCUGCCUGCUCGCUGCUCCCUGCUCCUGGCCUGCCCCCACCGCCGCCGGUUCAGGGGAACGUGUGCGGAGCGAUUGUCCUGGGGGACAUUUGAUGGAUUAGAGCGCUGAACAGUUCUAUUGCUAGGGGACCACCUGAUCUCCUCCAGCCUGCGUCCCAUAUAAAGCCGGCAGCCGGAGUGCUGAGCACAGCUCCUGCGAUCCCCUGUCUGCGCGCCGCCGCCGCCAAGCCCGAGCGGGAGCCCGAGCCCGAGCCCGAGCCCGAGCCCGAGCCGGGGCCGCCGCCACCGGUGCCGGCUCCGAGCGGCCUCCCGCACGCCAGCCCGCCGGGAGCUGUCCAGUGCUGAAAACCCGCGCGGACACAGCCAAUCGCGCCCGGCUGGCCGCCUCCCCCCACCGGGGCCCCACGCAAGUGCCCCCGCCGAGCCCCCCGCCAGUCGCACCAUGCCGCGCUCCUUCCUGGUAAAGAAGAUCAAAGGGGACGGCUUCCAGUGCAGCGGGGUGCCGGCCCCCACCUACCACCCCUUGGAGACAGCCUACGUGCUGCCUGGCGCCCGGGGGCCUCCCGGGGACAACGGGUACGCCCCGCACUGCCUGCCCCCGAGCAGCUACGAUGCGGACCAGAAGCCGGGCCUGGAGCUGGCCCCGGCCGAGCCCGCGUACCCGCCGGCGGCGCCGGAGGAGUACAGCGACCCCGAAAGCCCGCAGUCGAGCCUGUCGGCGCGCUACUUCCGAGGGGAGGCGGCAGUGACCGACAGCUACUCCAUGGACGCCUUCUUCAUCUCGGACGGGCGCUCGCGGCGGCGGCGGGGCGGGGGCGGCGGGGACGCGGGGGGCUCGGGAGACGCGGGGGGCGCCGGGGGACGCGCGGGGCGCGCGGGGGCGCAGGCGGGCGGCGGGCACCGGCACGCGUGCGCCGAGUGCGGCAAGACCUACGCCACGUCGUCGAACCUGAGCCGCCACAAGCAGACGCACCGCAGCCUGGACAGCCAGCUGGCGCGCAAGUGCCCGACGUGCGGCAAGGCCUACGUGUCCAUGCCCGCGCUCGCCAUGCACGUGCUCACGCACAACCUGCGCCACAAGUGCGGCGUGUGCGGCAAGGCCUUCUCGCGGCCCUGGCUGCUGCAGGGCCACAUGCGCUCGCACACCGGCGAGAAGCCGUUCGGCUGCGCGCACUGCGGCAAGGCCUUCGCCGACCGCUCCAACCUGCGCGCGCACAUGCAGACGCACUCGGCCUUCAAGCAUUACCGCUGCCGCCAGUGCGACAAGAGCUUCGCGCUCAAGUCCUACCUCCACAAGCACUGCGAGGCAGCCUGCGUCAAGGGGGCCGAGCCGCCCCCGCCGACCCCCGCCGGCCCGGCCAGCUGAGCCUUCCGCCUCGCCCUCGCGCCCGGAACUCGCUCUCCACGCGCCCCGGGCCCCCUACCUGCGCCCGCAGCGCCCUCGCCCACCCCCGGCUGCGUUUCCCUGCCCAUGACCCUCUCGUGGGGACCCCCGG